GGGAAAGGACCAUGGAGCUGGAAGGUACAGCUAUGGCUUGUCUGGAGCUCCAGAUGUCUGAGGUGCCAGCUGGGAUAUGGGAACAUCAGACCAAAGUGGCCUGGGUCCUUCCUUCUCCACGGUGCACUCAAUUUGCUGGUUAGUCAGGAAUGGGGUGAUGUGUCUCCUGCAGAAUUAUCAUCAUGGGUAAGAACUUAUUACAAGACCCUACCAAAACCAUGCACAAGCUCUCGUUUCUCACAUCCUUUUCAAAAGGUGGCAGAGACUUGAGAAGUCACCUUUUCUGCAAUGGUCAUUCUACCAAAUCAAGACAUUAACUGCAAGCAUUUCUCUCUUCUGAAUGUGGAGUCAUCGCAGUCAUCUGUCUUUCACACAUGCAGCUUUGCUCUUUCAUUGAAAACAAAUGGGACUUCAAAAGGAAAAGCAUGGGAGAAAAUCGGGAUCAGAGAUGUUACGGUGAACAAGGACUUUGACACUUCAUGGAAGAACAGAAACUAUGGGUCCUCAAAAACACCACUAGGAAGAGGAGAGGUAUGUUCUUUGGGAGAAUUCUCAGAUUGCAAUUAAGUCUUUGAAGCUGGUACACAAGAAGAAAGAAGGAAAUGUCAUGGUGGUGUUCAGCUUGUACUGCUCAGAGAGGUCUCUUGAGCUGCCCAAGCCUAAUGGACAGUGUUGUAAGUCAUAGAAAAUUCCCCUUUAUUUUCCCUUCUGCCAGGUUUCAGAUGACUAAAUCAAAAGUAAUCAUCAUAAAAACAAGGUGAUGCAAGAACAUGGUUUUGACCAAAAAAGGUGCUAUUUCUGUCCUGUAAAUAAUAUACACAUUCUACAUCAGCUCCUCUUGCUUUGGAGGCUGUGGUCCAAAUACUCCUCACUGCAAGAGUUGGGUGAAACAUUUAGACUGAAUGAAGUAAUUGUUUUGCAUCUUAUCCGUUCAGAAAUUAAGACAAAAAUUGUUAUGGCUAAUAAUAGCACCUGCUAAUUAAUCUGUAACAAUCCUUUGAUGUGUGUACUAGGACAGUUUAUUGUAGAUUAACCCCUGUGACUUAACCCACUCCAUAAAGCCAUCACUUUCUAGAACUUGACCUUGUCAACACAUAUUCCUCCACAUCUCUUUUUUAUAUUUUCAGUAAGUGACUUUUCAAGCUCCCAAGUGGUGUCCCCCAUUCCAAAUAUAGCUUCAAAGACCAUCCUCUCUAUCACUGUGGCCAACAAUGAGUUGUCUCAGUCAGCAGCAUGUUUGUUCACUGAAUGAAAACCAAGCUAAAUGGUAUGUCCCUAGCCUGGAAUUCCUAUAAAAGGAGAGAAGGAAAAGCAGCACCAUUGGAGUAUCUGCAUCCUUCACUGGAGCAAAGUGUCAGACUCCGUCUCCUGCUCCAGUUCCAAGCUGUCCAGCUGCUCUGAAAACUUUGUCCCUCCUUUCUGGUGAUUUAAAGGUUUGUGCAUGUAACUGGUAACACUGACAGUGCAACCCACAGAACCCCACGAGGCUGGACACAAAGCAGCUUCUUGCUCUGAGCGCCAGUGAAGGGAAAUAAGUGUUCCCACAUCACACAAAACAAGGUUUCAGCACAGUGAAGUAAAACCACCAAAAAAACCCAUAUGAAAUGCUGUGCCCGUGGCAGUUUGUGUUCAAAUCUCGUGCUGCCAGGAGCCAGUACCCCAGGGAGAAGGAUAUCAACAACAACGUGGAGAAAAAUAGGAAGAUCCAUGGCUCAGAAAAGGAUGAUGCCAAAUUGCAGAAUCCCAGCAAGAAGCAGAUGGAGAGGCUGCCUGUCAUAACUUCAGUAAAGCCCAGUGAGGGAGGAGAGAAUCUCCCUCCAAAUGACAUGAAAGUUUCAAACCAAAUAUCAGGAUGUCCAAGACAUGUAAGAGUAAGAAACUUGGAAAAUGGAUCCAGCUUUCUUGACACACUACACCUGACUGCAAAAGAGGUUAUCAAUUGCCAAACCAAAGCCUGCCAAGGGUCACUCAUGACCCCAAAGGGUCUGGUGAGAGGUACCAGAGAUGGACCAGUUCCGCCAGAGGAUCUUUUACCUCAGGCAAGAGACUUCCUCAAGCAAUAUUACAGUUCAUUUAAAGAGCCAAAAAUCAAAGAACAGCUGGGCCGGCUGGAAGCAGUGACCAAGGAGAUAGAAAGAACAGGAACCUACCACCUGACCAAGGAUGAGCUGAACUUUGCUGCCAAGCAGGCCUGGAGGAAUGCACCCAGGUGCAUUGGGAGAAUCCAGUGGUCCAACCUGCAGGUGUUUGAUGCACGGGACUGUAAAACAGCCAAGGAAAUGUUUGAGCAUAUCUGUCAUCAUAUUCAGUAUGCCACAAACAAUGGCAAUAUAAGGUCAGCCAUCACGGUGUUCCCGCCCCGGACGGACGGGCAGCACGAUUUCCGCGUGUGGAACAGCCAGCUGAUCCGCUACGCUGGCUACCACAUGCCAGAUGGCUCUGUCCUUGGGGACCCUGCCACUGUGGAGUUCACUCAGUUGUGCAUCGAGCUUGGGUGGAAGCCGAAAUAUGGCCGCUUUGAUGUACUUCCACUUGUUCUCCAAGCAAAUGGCCAAGACCCAGAAAUAUUUGAAUUACCUCCAGAAAUUGUCCUCCAAGUGCCAAUGGAGCAUCCCAAGUACGAGUGGUUUAAGGAUCUGGAGCUGAAGUGGUACGCGCUGCCUGCGGUGGCCAGCAUGCUGCUGGAGGCGGGAGGGCUGGAGUUCACCGCGUGCCCCUUCAACGGCUGGUACAUGGGCACCGAGAUCGGAGUGCGCGACUUCUGCGACGCGCAGCGCUACAACGUCCUGAAGGAGGUAGGAAGGAGAAUGGGACUGGAAACAAACAAACUGUCAUCAUUAUGGAAGGACCGAGCUGUUGUAGAGAUCAAUGUGGCUGUGCUUCACAGCUUCCAGAAACAGAACGUGACCAUCAUGGAUCACCACUCUGCCUCCGAGUCCUUCCUGAAGUACAUGCAGAGCGAGUACCGCACGCGGGGCGGCUGCCCGGCCGACUGGGUGUGGAUUGUGCCUCCCAUGUCAGGCAGCAUAACCCCUGUCUUCCACCAAGAGAUGUUGAACUAUGUCCUCACUCCCUUCUAUUACUACCAGGUGGAUGCAUGGAAAACACAUGUGUGGCAUGAUGAGACCCAGAGGCCAAGGAAAAAAGAACUGAAGUUUAGCAUCUUGGCAAAGGCUGUGCUCUUUGCAUCCUCGCUCAUGCGAGGGGCAGUGGCCACCAGGGCCAAGGUCACCGUGAUCUACGCGACAGAGACGGGCAAGUCGGAGACCCUCGCCAACCACCUGUGCAGCCUGUUCAGCUGUGCCUUCAACACCAAGAUCCUGUGCAUGGAUGAGUACAAUAUUUGUGACCUGGAAAACGAAACACUUCUUUUAGUGGUUACUAGCACUUUUGGAAAUGGAGAUUCUCCAGGUAACGGAAAGGCCUUGAAAGACUCCUUGCUCAGACUGAAACUGCUGAGAAACAAAAUUAGGUAUGCUGUGUUUGGUCUGGGGUCCAGCAUGUACCCUGAGUUCUGUGCCUUUGCUCAUGCCAUUGACCAAAAACUGGCCCAGCUCGGGGCUUCCCAGCUCACUCCAGUGGGUGAAGGGGAUGAGCUCAAUGGGCAAGAAGAGGCGUUCCGCAGCUGGGCAGUCAGUGCUUUCAAGGCUGCCUCUGACAUUUUUAACAUCCGUGGGAGACACAGUAUUCAGUUGCCUGAGAUCUACACCUCUGAGGAAAGCUGGGACCCUACCAGUUACAGAGUAGUGCAUGACUCCCAGCCCAUGGACCUGGCUAAAGCUCUUGCAAACAUUCAUGCCAAGGAUGUAAUUCCCAUGAAGCUGAAAUUCAGGCAGAAUCUUCAGAGUUUGAAGUCCAGUCGUGUCACCAUUCUGGUUAAACUUCACUGUGAGACUAACCAGGAAGUGCACUACCUUCCUGGGGAGCACAUUGGGAUUUUCCCAGGCAACCAGGCAGAAUUAGUCCAUGGCAUCAUUGCCCGUGUCAAGGAUGCCCCUCCAGCUGGUCAGACCAUCAGGCUUGAAACCUGCAUUGAUGGUGGGUACUGGGCAAGUCACAAAAAGAUUCCAGCCUGCACACUACCUGAGGCUUUGACAUACUUGCUUGAUAUCACUACUCCACCCUCCCAACAACUGCUAAAAAAACUCUCCCAGCUGGUGACAGCAGAAGGAGACAAGCAGAGGCUGGAGGUGCUGUGUCAGUGCACAGAGGAAUACAAUAAAUGGAAGUUUUACAACAGCCCAAACAUCCUGGAGGUCCUGGAGGAGUUCCCCUCUGCUGAGGUCACCACGGCUUUCCUGCUGACUCAGCUGCCACUUCUGAAGCCCAGGUACUAUUCUGUCAGCUCCUCCUGUGACAUGACACCCAAAGAGAUUCAUCUGACGGUUGCAGUUGUAAGCUACAGGACAAGAGAUGGAGAAGGGCCUUUGCACCAUGGAGUCUGCAGCACGUGGCUGAACACAAUAGAGCUCAAUGAAACCAUUCCCUGCUUCAUCCGCAGUGCUAAUGAGUUCCACCUCCCCGAGGAGCCAGCCAAGCCCUGCAUUCUGAUCGGCGCGGGCACGGGCAUUGCUCCCUUCAGGAGCUUCUGGCUGCAGCGCCUCUAUGACCUGGAGCACAGAGGGCUCAGAGGAGGGGACAUGACCUUGCUGUUCGGCUGCCGGCAGCCAGACCUGGAUCACAUCUACAGGGAGGAGACUGAGGAGAUGAAGAGGAGGGGAGUCCUGAGAGAUGUCUACACAGCUUACUCCAGACUGCCUGGCCAAGAGAAGGUCUAUGUCCAGGACAUCCUGCAGGGGCAGCUGGAGGCCCGCGUGUGCGAGAUGCUGCACGGGCAGCAGGGCCACGUCUACGUGUGCGGGGACGUGCGCAUGGCGCGGGACGUGGCCGCGGCGCUGCGGGCGCUGCUCGCCCGGGCCCUGCACCUCAGCCCGCAGCAGGCGAACGAGUACCUCCAGCAGCUCAAGAGCCAAAAGCGAUACCAUGAAGAUAUAUUUGGGGCUGUGUUCCCACAUGAAGUCAAAAGAGCUUUGCAACCCACCAGCUGAAGAAGAAAUCCACUUGUGCUUUAGACAAUACUUGCACAUUUGUUGUUAUUUUCAAAAAACAAAGAGUCAAAUCCUCCUUCUUAUACUUGUUCAAUCAUGCAUGGGUAUAGGAUUGUAGGAUUUGACUCAUAAACCUCAGCCUUAAUUAAGUAAAAUAUUAAAUUUAACUUUUAUUGCUAUUUAUUCUGACAUUUUAAUACAUUACCUUAAUAGUGAAAGUGCAAAUUAUUUUUUUAAUACCAUCUAUGCUAGUAUAAUCUGGUGGUUUUUAUACAUACUAGGAAAAUUACAGUUUUGUACUAAGUUACCUGGAGCUGAAAUCUUUUUUUUUAAUGUACUGUUUAUCUUUGUGACCUUAUUUAUAUCAGAUUGGUUUACUUGCAUAUUAUCUUCACUUGAAAGCAAGUGAAUGCAUGGUUGUGUUGCUGGGAGUUGUCUGGCCACGUGCCUGGAUCUGGAGCAAUGUUUGCAAAUGAAAUAAUAAUGCGCUGGUUCCCAAGUGGCACCACCUGCUGCAUCCACCUCAUGUGUCUGCUCAGCAGGUAGCAGUGGGGAGUUGUGCUUUGUGGGACUCAGGUACAUGAACAUCAGCUGUUGUUGUUACAGAGCCUAUAGCAGGAAGGUUCCAAAAACUCCAAAGCACUUUGUACAUUUGAAUUCUAUGCUCUGGUUUACUUGAUUUGUUUGUAAUAAAUCUGUCUUUAUACUCACACAAAG